CUCUUCCUGGAAUGUCUCGCGGACAUUGUGCGUGUAUGGGUGUGCGUGGGUGAACGAAUCUGUGUGCAGGUCACGCACGAACGUCAGUCCUUGACAUGUCGUAAGCAAGUCAGUGGUCGAGCGAGAACGGUGAAGGUAGCCACGGAGUUAGGCAAAACAUUGACGACCGCAUGCACGUUGGCACAAUUUAUAUUCAGAACAACGCUUCAUGCUUGCGAAUAAUCUUCGACGGGAGCAUGCCUCAGCUAGAGUCCACAGAACUGGUUUUCACGUCAGAGGUACACUCCAUUUCGACUCGUUGGCGCCAAACUUGCAGUGCUCGACAACGACAUGAGCAUGCUGCGGCGUUCUGUUCGCGUCCUGGUAUCGAACUUCUAUUACUAAUUUAAUCACGUACAUGCUAUAAAAUAUGGAACUCUGAUCAUCUGUCCCCUCUAACUCAUCAAGCCAUGCUUGCCACCGUUCUGCUGUUUGCUCUGCCAUUCUGCACCGCAGAGUCAGCAUCCAGUUACGCAGGGUCAACCGUCGUUGAUUCUUAUCCUCCCCCCGGUGCCACAAACACUGCUGUCAACAUUUACUUCCCCGAUGGAGCUCAAGUCGGUUAUGCAGGUCCAACGCCCACUGGUGCUGAACCUGAGGCCAUCGCCACCGCCAUUCCGUUCUCCAAGGUCGACAACAUAUUUCCCUUGUCGAGGCCCAAUUCAGCAGACGGCGCAAACAUCGCUUUCAAUGUGACGCGUCACUGGGGAAACUUGUCGCCCAUGUACUCCGUGGACUCGUUUGGUCUGCCUGAUGCAUCCCCCAUCAUCCCAGAAGGCUGUGGCCUCAAUGCUGUGCAUCUCUUGAUGCGCCAUGGCGCCCGCUAUCCAACUUCAGACUCCGGACCUUCUCAGUUCGCCUCAGUAAUUCAUGAUGCUGCAUCGAAAGAAGGUUUCAGUGUCACUGGUGAUUUGGAAUUCCUGGCAACCUGGACAUACAAGUUGGGUGCAGAGAUCUUGACCCCUUUCGGCCGCCAAUCGCUCUUUAGCAAUGGGGUUGCCUUCCGUUACAGAUAUGGCAAGUUGCUUAAUGCAUUCACCGACCUUCCGGUGUUUCGUACUACUUCAGAAGAUCGCAUGUUAAAUUCUGCCUUGAACUUUGCUGCAGGCUUUUUUGAUGUCGGAACUUACCAGACCGACUAUCACCAGGAGAUCAUCAUCGAAGAGAACAACUUCAACAACACCCUCGCUCCAUAUGACGUGUGCCCCAACGCCAAUUCGGCGGAUAUCGGUAACUUCGGCGGUACUCAGUCUAGUAAAUGGGCGAACGUCUAUCUCAAAGAUGCUCGAAAGCGCUUGCAACCAAUGAUCCAAGGACUUAAUUUGACCAUCUCGUUAUUGGCUGACAUGCAGGAACUGUGCGCCUAUGAGGUAAUCACAUCCUUCACGCGGUCUUCAUGGGUUUCUGACAUCCUGCAGACUGUGGCCCUCGGAUAUUCCAAGUUUUGCGACCUUUUCACUGAGGAAGAAUGGGAAGGAUUCGAGUAUUACAUCGAUCUUGAUUUCUGGUACGGCAGUGGACCAGGUAAUCCAACAGCAGCAGCACAGGGACUCGGCUAUGUCCAGGAACUAGUGUCACGUCUCACUCACACUCCCAUCAACGUCUGGAAUAGCAGCACCAACAGCACUCUUGACUCGAGCAACAUCACAUUCCCUCUUAAUCAACCUAUAUAUGUGGACGCUACCCACGACGUGGUCAUUGCUAGUAUCGCCACUGCUUUGAACUUUACCAGUCUAGCCGCAACUGGACCUCUACCAACCGACCAUAUACCUCCUCACCGUUCUUACAUCUCUAGCCAGAUUGCACCUUUUGCCAGCCAACUUAUAGCUCAAGUACUGAGUUGCCCAGCCUCAGAGGAGCCAACUCAUAUCCGCUUCCUUCUGAACGACGGCGUGGUACCACUGACGGGCAUUCAUGGUUGCACGGAAGAUUCGAACGGUCUCUGCGCGCUGCCCAGCUUUAUCAGCGGGAUGCACGAACGAAUUGGGCAGAUCGACUAUGCGCAUGACUGUUUCGCCAAUUAUACCAUGCCCGAUCCCGACGACAUCAUCGAUGGAAGAUAUCCUAAUUAGAAGGAUGAUUGAGCAUAUACCCAUGCCUUUUGGGGAAUGUGAAGGGGAAAGGUAAACGAUGCUCAUUUCGUACUGAUCUGUUUUCGACGGACAGGUUUCAUCAUUAUAUAUAAAAAGGCUUCGAUUCGUUCACCUUGAGACAUUCGUUACCAUGAAUUGCAAUAAGAGAUGCCAGAUACUACGUUUGCCGUCGAAGUCAUCGCAUAAGCGGGCCACAGA